GUAUUCCACCAGAAAUUGGUGGAUCUGGUAGUCCAAGUUUUCCAACGGCAUGUGGUGUGGUUCGUGCACUUGAAGCAACUUUUUUACAUGUUGGGAAAAAACUUGAAGGGUCAACAAUCGCGAUUCAGGUAACAAACAAAACUACGUUAGAGCGAAAAUAUAUUAUGGAUAUUCUAAUUGAAAAAGGCGUAAAAUCUAUUUUUGCAUCUGAUAUAAAUAGUGAAAGAAUAAAAGAUAUUAAAUCUGAAAUUGUUGCAAGAAAUUUAAAUGAUAGAGUUAAGCUUAGUUUAUUGGAAGGUGGUGAUCUGUCAAUUUUGUUUCAUG